UAUGUGCGGGCGUUUCCAUGCGAGCUCAGGACAUAACGUGAUACUGCCGAACGUCAAUCCCUGGACGACCAGAGCUGGUUUGUUGUGAUCCAGCUUCUCUUGUACACAGUGUACCUACCAGGUGGAUAUUGCGACUGUAGUGUACCGUUAUGGCGACUCCCAGCCUGGGCUGUCUUCUCCUAACAACUCUAUGGAUAUUUAGUUUCAUUGUUCCAGAUGUGAGUGCAGGAACCAACUGCGGCUACUACAACUCCUACGGCUACUACCGCUACCGCUACUGCAGCCGUGGCUGCUGCGGCAGCACCUACGCAUACGUCUGCUGUUCCGUUUCCCCAACGAUCGUGUUGUCUGCUAGCGCCAUCACAGGUAUUGUGAUUGGGGCCUGUUUUUGUGUUGCUUGCAUCGCCGCCUUCCUCAUCCUGUUGAAGAAAAAACGGUACUGGAGAGGCCGGAGCAUCGUCGGUAACCGGAACAACAUCGUAGUGAGCAGUUCGACCACGGCCAGCAAGCCUGUCUCCACAGUCCAGGUGGCGCCACACGUCCCACACAACCCUUACCCUGCCUAUCCACCCCCACCAUACCCCCCACCACCCCAACAACCCCACCCCUCAAACAACCCACCUUACCCCCAACCCCACCCCUCAAACAACCCACCUUACCCCCAACCCCAACAACCCCACCCCUCAAACGACCCAGCUUACCCUCCGCCGCCCCCUGUCUACAGCACAAUGUCGACCACUACCCAUGUGUAUUGA